AUGUCUGCACGAUCGUCUAGGCCCCAACUAUCGCUUGGGGAAAUGCGAGAUCUGCUCUUGCGGCUUUUGUUCCGAGCCCCAUUCCAGCUGGUUUGGAACUUUUGCUAUGGUCUACCAUUCGCAAUCGCGAGAGGCAUGUCCCUCCGCCUCUUCGCCUUCUGCGCGUUUUAUCGCUUCGUACUUGGGUCCAUGAAAGCCCGGGAAAUCCAGUUCUUGCAGCCGCCUACUCUCAAGACGUACGAGACUUGGAUCGAGAAGAAGCGCCUUGCUAAUCCACAGCUUGCUGAAAAGCUGAAGCGAGAUGUCGAGAUGCUUCCGGCGAAUGACGGCUCAAUCAUGUGGCUCGGUAACCGCAAGAAAGCGAAGAAAUUCGUGCUCUUCUUUCACGGGGGCGGCUACGUCGUUCCGCUACUCCCUGGUCACGUCGAGUGGUGUUGGGAGGCAUACGUCGCCGGCGGUCCAGGAGAGAAGGCGGAAGUGGCGGUGGCUAUCCUUCAGUACACUCUUGUGCCCGAAGCGAGGUAUCCCACCCAGCUCCGCCAGGGCGUCGCUGCCCUUAACCACCUGCUGCAAUCUGGCGUCAGGCCAGACAAUCUUAUCAUCGGCGGUGACUCGGCGGGAGGCAACUUGGCUCUUUUGGUCGCCCGCCACCUUUGUCUUCCAGCACAGUUGGAGAUCGCACCAGUCAACCUCAGCGGACGACUCGCUGGCGUGUUCCUCGUCUCACCGUGGCUCACAAGCAAGACUACAACGCCGUCCUUCCAGGAGAACAACUACGUGGACAUGCUCACGACGACAUGCAUGCAUGGUGCGACCGCCGAGCUGCUUCACCCCCGUUUCCCUGCCAAGAGCAAGUCCGAUGAGAGCGACUUGGCUUUGGCUAUGCCCAUGGAUGGAGAUCUCGGAUGGGUUGAUGACAUCUCCAACGCAACGAAGAGUCUGUACAUUACUGGAGGUCAGCAGGAGGCAUUCAGGGACGACAUUCGAUCGUUUUCGGAGUAUGUAAGCUGCAGUAAGAAUGAUCUAGACCUGCUUGUUGAGUUAUCAGAGCAUGAGGGUCAUGAUUUCAUCUUACUCGAAGGGAACAUCAGGCCCAACAACACUAUGCUCCUCCCAACAAACCACCACCCUCUCAACUGCACGUACAAUCGUGACGAUGUGGUCGCGGGGCUCACGGAAUAUUACCGCAUCCUCACCCUCUCGGCAUACAUCCCAGCCUCAUACAUCGACUUCCCUCCCCCAGGCGGCUGGACCGAUGCCGAGCUCGACGUCGGCGCCCUUCGCGCCUUGAGACGCUCCGAGACUGUCAUCGACUUGCUGCGCCAUCUCCCCUACCCGAGACCGAUGCACGACGGACCGCGUCCAGGUCCUUGGAACGUCGCACCACACUCCAAAGCCGUGCGCUACCUCCGUCACAUGGGCGACUUCACCCAGUGGUCCGACCGCGGCGACGCGGGCCUUCUCGAGCUCGCUGCUCUGCCGAUGAGCUCGACCCCAGCUGGGCCGAUGGACCUGCCUCCGGACGUCGUCGCACUCACUCACGGCGAGCGCUGGGGAUCGACGACCUCGGUUCCGUACUGGUGGAUCGUGGACUGCACUCGGGGAAUUUUGUCCCCGUUCAGAGAAAAGAUUUACGAGGUCGGCAAGGUACCGCGUAACAAGCCGUGGCGGACCGUUCAGUCGUACUCUGUGGUUGAUUACUUCGCCCAGCUGAUUCCAGAGCUGGGCCAGAACCUCAUCCCGCUGCCGCCCACCGAGGAGCUGGACGCCGAGGUUCUCGGUCCGAGGGACAAUCUUGCCGAGCCCCGGGAGAUCUACCUCGCGCAUGGGUGGCCGAGCCACGACUUCCGCCACGAUGAGUGCAUUGUCGCGCUGCAGGCCUAUCGCCGUCGGGUCCAGGAGGAGGAGCGAAGGCGCAUCGCGCAGGACGUUGGCGACGCGGAUGAUGCUGACGACGCGGAUGAUGAUGACUUCGAAAUGGAUGACAGCGACGAUGAAGUGGAGCACGAGGAGGGAGCUUCUGGGCUGGAAGAUGCCAUGGCUGAUGUGGAGGUGGACGACCUGAGCGCCGAGGCGGCUGCUUUGCGCGCCGACAUGUCGCCCGAGGAGCGGGAGAGAUUUGACAGACUCCAACAGGGCGAGUUGCCCUUUGAGUGGGUUGAUGCUGAGUAG